AGCAACUAUUAGGGACGUGUGUACAUCGGCGUGUCGCAGAAGUGAAGACUUCAGCUUCUCAGAGUGUUUAUCGUAAUAUACUUUCGACAGACUGAGCUGCACUUUUCGACGAGUAGUUUUGCUAAUCACGUUUACAGUUUGGCAAGUUAGCUGUUAGCAUGCAGUGUGUGGGACUGAGGAAAAGGGGUUUGGAGCCGGAAGUGGAGCCCUGGACACCGAAAAGGGCGUGUCUGGAGGCGGGUCUUGAAUCCGACUGUCCAAUGGAAACGUCGCCAAGUUUGAACUGGACUUGCCCGCAGAACGAGCAGAAGGUUCAAGCUCGACUGAGACCCCAGCUUCACUGUCCAAGAUGCUUAAGUGGCGAACCGGGUCACAUCAAUCACAUACUGGGACUGUGACCACAGACGCUUCUGAACGAAGCCUCAACUCCGAGUCCACUCCUGAAAACCGAGCGAACCUCAGACUGGUGCUCAUGAAAAUGCCUGCCCCCCACAUGCAGGGAGGUCCAUCGUGGAUGAUUAUUGAUCGGGCUGGUCAUGGAAUCAGAUGAAGAAUCAGGCAGCUAUGCAGAUGAAUCAUCAACACAUAUCAGUCUUGUCCUCUGCUGCCUAAACUUUCCGACAGUCCACACCCGGAGCCUGGCUACACUUGCGAGGAGGCAGUGGGUGAACUGCGGAUCGCACCGUGAAGAAGGGCGGAGUUGGACCAUUGUCAGCUGCUGCUUCAUGGUGAUGGUGUGUACGCGGGCAGUGACCAGGUGUGUGUCCAUAUUCUUUGUGGAGUUUCAGACUCAUUUCGGCCGGGACUCAUCAGCAACGUCGUGGCUCCACAGUUUAAUGGACUGCAGCACAAUGAUGUUUGCCCCACUUGGCAGCUUCGUGGAGAGGCGCUGGUCUUGUCGCACCUCUGUGAUGCUCGGCGGAGUUCUUUCCUCUUGCGGAUUUCUGCUGGGUUCAUGUACCACCAAGAUAGAACAUUUGUACUUGAGUCUGGGUGUGAUGACAGGCGUAGGUUUUUCUCUCUGCUACUCUCCCUCGAUCUCUCUGGUUGGCGUUUACUUCCCCAACAGGAGGUCUUUAGCGUGGGGCGUGGCCAUGUCUGGGAGUGGGAUUGGCACCUUGGUUCUGGCUCCACUGGUCCAGGUUUUGAUCCAGUGGUUCUCCUGGAGGGGUGCUCUCUUGCUUCUAAGUGCCAUUGUCGCUCACCUGUGUGUAUGUGGGUCACUGAUGUGGCCAAUCACAGCACAGGAGAUGGAGGAAAGGGGGUCGCCAGUAAAGGAUGAGCCACCAGGCGCUCCCUGGCAUUGGAUGAGGGGGCGAAGAUUCAGCUUCCUGCUUCUAUGCGCCUCCUUCCUGCUGUUGGCAAGCGGCUGCAGUCUUCCGUUCAUCUACCUGGUGCCACUUGCAGACAGUGUUGGUGUGUCCUCUCGAGACUCUGCCCUUCUCCUCUCUCUGCUCGGGGUCAUUGGCAUCGCAGGAAACAUCAGCUUCAGCUGGCUGACGGACAGGAAAUGUCUUCAGGAUCACCUGCUGGCCUGUUACACCUUCUCGGUGGUAAUGGAAGGUCUCGCCUGUCUGUUGACUCCGCUCCUCCAAUCCUACUGGCUCCUCGUCAUUUUUGCGACAGUCUACGGAUAUUUUGACGGUGCCUAUGUGGCCCUGAUCCCUGCUGUGACAUCAGAAGUGGUGGAACGUUCCCAACUCUCUCCAGCACUUAGCCUGGUCUACUUCCUGCACUCCUUCCCCUACUUGCUCAGCCCCCCUGCUGCAGGUCGACUGAUAGACAUCACAGGGAGCUACACGCCUGCCUUCCUGCUCGGGGGCUGCAGUCUGCUGGCCAGCGCAACCAUUCUCUGUAUUGCCUCUGCCACAAGACGACGGGAGGCGGGAAAUAGUUGAUUUUUGGCCCAGCCAUGGGCCUUUAGAAACCAUGUUGACUGUGUUAUUCUCUAACAAGAGAACAAUGAGGAAUGUAUCUACUUGCUGGCCGAUCAAAUAUCUAUCCAGCAAGCCAUCAUUUAUAAUGUUUUAAUAGGAGAAAAAAAAGGUUCAGUAAAACCAAUGAAAAUGUGUACACAAACAUCGUGUCACUUCCUUGGACACUUGGAACGGAGCUGACGCUUGACGAUUGCAUGAGCACUUUCUUUCUCCUCUUCUGCUGUGACCUGAUCACAAACACAAACAUGUGAGUCGCUCCCUCAGACACAUAAAAGAGGAAAUAGAACUUGACCUACAAUCACUGGAGAAAUGCUCAGUGGUGUUGAAAUAUCAGCCUUAAACAACUUCCUCCGUCCUCGUCGUUGUUUGGGCGCCGUAUUGGCUAAUCGCCCCAGGAUAGAUUUACCUGCGGAAAGAUGUAGGACAUUAACUGACCUGCACCUUCAGUCCGUGAGUUGCAGUCAAUCUCACCUGAGCUGGUGGUGGCAUCUAUUCCCCUCGCACGAUUUCGCUUGUUCUCACUGGACUCCAGGUCCUGCACAACCAACCAUGUGUUUUACUGACACCCCUUGCUGCCCACCUCAACGUCCACACAUGUCCAGCUCACACCUCAACCUCCACACUGAGGUGUGACAUCAACCACAGCAUAAUUUGAUAACUUGCAACAUGCUCACCUCCACUUCAUAACUCUUCCUCUUCCGUGCAGUGGUUCUCAGAUUUUUCUUUCCAUCACACGCAGACAUGGUAACAGGUGGAAUAUUCUGGUCAUGUCUGACUGGUCUGAGAACAGCCUACACACAAGUCAAAGAGGUGAACAUGGGCUGAUCAGUGGACAGGCCUCAAAGAGACAUACCUGAGUCCAAAGCUUCUCACGUUGGCGCUGUUCUUUCUUCUCUUUGAACUUUAGCAGCUCCUCCUUCAGCUCCUCCACCACUGAGAAUUUACUCUGCAUCUUGAGAGGGCUGGUUUGCUCUUCCCCCAGCUGCUCCUCUAUCUUCUGAGACUCCAGCUCACCAAUCUGCUCCUCUCCAACCUCGGACUUCUCCUGCUUUGGAAGCAGCUCAUCUCUAGUCUGUGGUGCUUUCUCUUUAUCCAUCUCCAGCUGCUCCUCAGUUAUACUUUGCAGAUUCUCCUCACUCUUUUGCUCUUUUUCCACCAUCUUUUGCUGUUCCCCUCUCCUCUUAAUCUCCUCCUCCCGACUCUGCAGUUGUUUCUCCAACAUCUGCAGCUCGCUCUGUCUCACCUGCCUCUGUACCUCCAGCCCCUCCAGCUUCUCCUCCAUCUUUAUGAGCCUCUCCUCUAUCACCCGCCUUUGCUCUUUCACCCGCACAAGCUCUUCCUCUGUCAUCUGCCUCUGUUCUUCCUGCCUUCGUAGCUCAUCUUCUCUCAUCUGUCUCUGCUCCUCUCUUUUCUGUAGUUCGUUGUGCCUCCUUUCCAGCUCCUCCUUCAAACCCCUCAUGUCCUCUGACAGCUGACUGCAGCGGGUCUCACUGUAACGGUGAAAUACGGUAUGGUCAGAGGUUGUCACUAAAUGAUCAGCCACCACAUGUUGAGACCUGAGACUUAGUCGGGCCUCCAGCUGAUCCUUGUCUUGCUGCAGCUGCUGGAUGUGUUGUGACUUCUGGAUUGAGCUCUCCAGUGCUGCCUCACUCUCCAGCUUGAGCUGCUUGAUGGUGGCGUGAAAGACACUUGGCUCCUCCCCUUUCUGAAAAGUGUUAAGAAAAAUAAUGGAUUAGAUGAGCAGCUUACACAUACAGUAUUUUCUAGAUAAUGAGCAGUAGUUUUUUUUCAAAGUUUCACUGAACCGGCAACUAACAGUCAGGUGCAAAUUAUACAUAUUAAAAUACAUUCUUGAAUAUUAUUUCACACUGACCGACAUGAAACAUUGCAUCACGACUGUGAGGCUCCGAGAUAAUCCGUUCUUUAUAUAUAUAUAUAUAUAUUUUUUUUACCUCUAAUUGCGUCUGCAGCUCCUGGUUCUGCGCCAGCAACUCCUGUUGCUCUUGAGAUUGCCGGGUGCAUUGUUCAGUCAGGUUCUGUACUUCCUCUUCCAGACUCUUUACCUGAAGGAGGAAGUCACACUGAGAACCAAAGCAGGAUGAGAAGGACAGGAUGGAAGGUACCCUUGUCUGCAGCUGGAACAUUCCGUUGAUAACAGCUUUAUUCUCCCUCAUCAACCGGGCAGUUUCUCUCCGCUCCCGCUCCAGUGACGACCAUGAGUAGGCGCACUUCCCACAGUCUGUGUCUGGAUCAAUGCGAUAAAAACAACAGCAAAGGGUGAAGUUCUCACGACUGCCCUGAUUUGAUGGCUACACAUUUGAAAUGAAUGAUGAACCAUCUCUUUGACUGACAGAAACAGAUGAAACAACAACUGUGAGGUACACCCACAAACUCACCUGGCUUUUUGGCAGGACGUUGUCCAUCGUCAGUCUCUGUGAGCUUCUGACGUUUCCUGUCCUGCUGGUUUCGGUCAGUUAAGUCCUCAUCCGUCAAGUUCUUAGUCCCCAAAUCACAGUCCCUCUGAUCUUCCGCCCCCAACUUGGCACAGCUACAGGACUUCUCCAGUUCCAGUAGCUUUGCCUUCAACAUCUCCACCUGCCCCUUCUGUCAAAAGCAGCACACACAUUAACUCAGAAAGAGCGACACACAAACUGCAGUUCAUGUGUGAGUGUGUGUACAUCUCGUUCCGCUCUCUCAAGGGUCGUCUUCAUCUCAUCCUCCAGUUUUUUGAUCAGUUCAUUUUUCUGCUCACAGACGACUUCAAGACCAGACAGCUUAUUGCGCUGCAGCUCAAGACUCUGCAACACAUUUAUGUGACAUGAAACGUUCGCCUUGACAAGUGAAAAUGUGAGACAGGCAGGCACAGCUACCUCAUUGGCUUCCAGCAAUUGGUCAUGUGACUGCUUAUUCUCCAAUCGUAACGCCUCUAACUCUGUCGACACAAAGUUCUGUUAGUACAUGGGUGGAAAAGUGUGUAGCUGCAGCAUCUUCCCCUGUGAUGUUUGUGUACCUGCUGCUUGUGUUUGUUGAGUGAGACACAGGUGAACACUUUCUGCAUCUUCUCUGAUCUUCUCAAGAUCUCGGCUCAUUGAGUGGAUGAAUCCCUCCCACAGCUCCGCCUGUUCACCCUGAUGAGCCAGCAUUAGUGCUGAUUCACACCCAAAGGACAACGACUCACCUGUAGCUGGUCGGUUUUAACGGUGUCCAUGCCCAUCUUGGUGACCAGAUUCUUCAGGAUCUCCACUCUUUUCUCUGCCCGCUGCUCAAGGAUCUCACGCUCCUUCUCCAGACGAUCACUGACCACAGAUAAACAUCCAAAUUAGGGAUGGACAAUAAGAUAAAUGUAGUCAUUCUGGCGAUAACGAUAAAACUCACAAUAAGUUAACUUUCUUUCUAUUAUUCCCAACUGUUGAGCUGUGUUCUCGGCAUUACUGGAG